AGGAGCACACACUGAUACGUCAAUGAACCAAAUCAAGUGUAUGUUGCAAGUAGCAGCCAAUCGAAAACUUUUAUUUUACACCAUGUGAUUCUGUUACCCGGAAAAACAACGGCUCCGACCUGUGAUCGCAGUCAGCAGAUCACUACGCACCCUUAUUAUCUCACGAGGGUCUACUCUGUUCUGAAGCAGGAUGAAAUCGGCUGUGCUUCACGUGUCGGUGCCUUUUGUGUUAUGUGUCGCCUGGGCGAACACCAGCCUGUUCGACCGGGUGGAGGUGGACCUGACCUCAGAGCAUUAUGCGGAGCAGCCGGUGGCGUCUCUACCCGGAUUCCUGGCCAUGCCCUGUAACUGUGCGGUUAACCUGGCUUAUAUCUUCAUGGGUCUGUACUGGCUGCUGUGGCGGGGAGGUGUGCACGAGACGGCGCGCGGCCGCUACCUGCGGGAGGUGUUCGCGCUCAUGGCUGUGCUGUACGGACCGGUGCAGUGGACGCGCCUGGCGCUGAUGCUGCGCACUCCCGCCGUGCUCGACCAGUGGUUCACCUUACCGAUAUUCGCGUGGGUUCCGGUGUGGAUCAGCUAUAUAGAACGCGGGCCAGAAAGGUGGCGCGCUGCAAUGUACGAGGUGCUGUCUAUCCUCAGCUACGGCCUCGCACUUGUGCACGAGCGAGGUUUUGAUUUAGCGCUGGGCUGUCACGUGGCUCUUGCAGUGUACAAGGGAGUGCGCGUGCAGGUUACCCACGGUGACAGCCGCACGCGGGGCUACCUGUUGCUCGCGCUGCUGUCCUGCGCAGGCUUCGUGCUGCUGAAGCUGCUGGACCACUGGCUCGCGCGGUACCGGCUCUUCCAGCGGCUCACCGGACACUUCUGGUCCAAAGUGUGUGACGUGCUGCAGUUCCACUUCAGCUUCUGUUUCCUCACCUCCCUCACACACAGGGGGAGGGGGGAGGGGAAGAGAAGAUAGGAGAACCUUUACUGAGUUCCCGGAUGGAUUAGCAGUGUAAUGGGCUAUUACACUGUCAAAUAAAUGCUUUCUAUGUCCUGAUAAACAUUACACUGUGUCCAAAAAACCCACACAUUCAAUCCAACAGUCAUGGGACACAGAGAAGAAGAAAAAUAUAUAAAAUAAACAGAAAAAUGAGGAGAAAAAAAGGACAAUGUAGAUGAUGAAAACUCAAAAAGUUCUAUUAAGUUCUUCAACAGUUACACGCCCCCCCCCCCCCCCCCCCUCAGGAUUGAACACAGUCAACAGGACAGGAAGAUCUUCCUCACCAUGCAGGGACCAGCCUUUCAAAACCUUGGCUCCUACUGAAAGGAUUCAGGUCCAAAAGACAUAUUCAUGUAUCUGGUUUAUACACAUUUAACCAUCAACCAUGAUAAUGUUGAUUACUGUUUGUUAUUUUUGUUGUUAUCAAAGCGGUAUGUUUUUGGGGGUUUUUUUGUGCAGUAUUACAGAUCGUUCAAACACAACUGUUGCUGCUUAGAAACACCAUGGUGAGAGAAUAUGGCAGAAAUUCAUAUUGUGGUUGAUCAAUGAAAGUAAAAUGAACAACCUAAUGGAUCAUUAUAAUGUUUAAGUUAAAAAGACCUGUAAUAUAUUCCAAAUGUUUUAUUGUAUAGAAAGUAUAAUCCCCAGGUUACCAUCCACCAUCAACAUGUUGACUGCAAUAAACUGUGAAGCGGUUUCUGGUUGCAGUGUUUAAUGUGACACAUCCUGUUCAGUGACCCACAGCAGCAGCUUCCCUCAGACACGCACACGUCAUGUGUUGGUAGUUCCUGACAUUAGAUAGCUUGCUAACAGACAGUGAUUUGAGCAGCAGAGAAUAAAGUAAACAGCUAGUGGCCUACUUGCUCCUGCUGUGUGUUUCAGCAUCAGAAAUACUUUAUUCAUCCCAAACUGGGAAUCUUUUUUGUUACAGAAGCAAAAUACAACAUAAUAAAAUUAAGAAAUAUACUGAUAAAACAGUGCAAUGAAAUGGAAUAUUAAAUGAAAAUAUAAUGUACAAUGUACAAUGUUAAGUGUAAAGUGUGCAAGUUAACAGAGGGGCUAUGGAGCAGUGAGUUGUCAGGGGGGAAUUAUUGUACAGUGUUAUUGCAGUGGGCAGGAAUGUUUUCCUGUACCUGUCCCUGUCCAUGUAGGCAACAGAGUGGAACGUUAAUUUUGGACCUAUAAAGAAGAUAUGAUAAAUAAAGGAUCCUCCCUUCGUACAAUCCACAUAAAGAACAUCGGAUUGUACACCCUUGUUUUACAAACAGAGGGAAAACAGUUUCUACAGGAUCAUAUUGAUUUAUAAA